CACCACCAAAGUGACGUGGAACGAAAAAAGACGAAGCCACACGAAGCCGAGGCGAGCACGUCAGUUCACAAGAUUCAGAUUCCACUUCGCCUGUUCACAUUUUCCAGAUCGGUCGGUCCAGAAAAACAAAUAGCCCAAAAUGCCCGCUCCUGCAAGUUCGACGUCCGUUGGCAGCGGAUCGCGCUCGCCCAGCAAAUUAUCGGCGCCACGUAGCGCCGGAUCCGGAGGCGGCAGCACCCUGAAGCAGCGCAAGACCACCACCAGCACUACGGCGGCCCGGAGCCGUGCACCCGGCGGAGCUGGAACAGGUGGCAUGUGGCGCUUCUACACGGACGACUCGCCCGGAAUCAAGGUUGGACCCGUGCCCGUGCUGGUCAUGUCGCUGCUCUUCAUCGCAUCCGUCUUCAUGCUGCACAUCUGGGGCAAAUACAAUCGUUCUUAAGCCAUUCAAUUCAAUAGCCAAUAAAAUACUUUCACCUCAACGAA